ACAUUCAAAAACAAAGGAAAAAGUUACACAAAUGUCAGCCGGAUCUCAAAAUUUGCUGAAAAAUUUGGUCUUGUCUCAUUAGGAUUUAAUUUUCUGUGUAGAUAAAUGCUUUUAAAACUAGUUUAGUGGUGAAAAUAGUUGGUUAACAAAGUGUCAUCUUAUUGAGUGUAGUGGAAGUGCCUUCGUUAGUGUUUUUGUAAGAAUCGGAUGAAUUUCCUAGCAGACUGCCGGACGCGGUGAAAUCGAGCGCUUGCCUGUGCAGGUGAAGUGAAUGAGCGGCACCAGGAUCAGGGGGCGGGCCGUAGACUAUGGAGGUGGAGUCUACAUUCCCAGCGGAGAUGUGCUACUUGUCGGAAAAAAUGGUUGGAAAUCAAAACGAGCAGCAACCGCAACAGAGUAAGGAUAACGGAGUUGUAGCUCCGAGGGCCGAACCCGAAGAGGACGAGGAAUUGCUGAAGGAAUUGCACGACCACCAACUGGAUGAGGAACGAUUUGCUGAUGCCGGCGAGGAACCGGUCUCGAUUGAUGAAAGAAACAGCAACGGAGAAGACUCGAUCGGACAUGGGUUGGAGGAGGUCUUUCGGAGGAAGGAAGACGAUGGCGAUCAACGGUCGGCUGUCCAGUGGAUCAACGAUGACGACGAGAUUGAAAUGCUGGACAUGUCGUUGACGAUCGAUCCGCCGAAUAUUUUCAAUCGAGUCAAUAGCGCCGACAUAAUCUACCAGGCGAAACGGAAAAAGUGCAAACUAGUCGGUAAGUACGUCAUGGGGGACAUCCUCGGAGAAGGAAGCUACGGAAAGGUGAAGGAAGUGCUCGACUCCGAGACGCUAUGUAGGAUGGCUGUGAAGAUUCUUACCAAACGGAAACUGCGGCGCAUUCCAAACGGGGAGCAGAAUGUGCGACGCGAGAUAAAACUGCUGCGCAAGUUGCACCAUCGGAACGUGAUCGAACUGCUCGACGUGUUGUACAACGAGGAAAAGCAGAAGAUGUAUCUGAUAAUGGAGUACUGCGUCGGUGGGUUGCAGGAGAUGUUGGAUUCCGUAGUUCCGGAGAAGAAACUUCCCAUGCAUCAAGCUCACGACUAUUUCGUGCAGUUGCUCGAUGGUCUGGAGUAUCUCCACGGCUGUGGAAUCGUUCACAAAGACAUCAAGCCUGGGAAUCUACUGCUGACGUUGGAUCACACAUUGAAGAUAUCGGAUUUUGGAGUUGCUGAGGCGUUAGACAUAUUCGCUCCAAACGACGAUUGCACGACCGGGCAAGGUUCGCCAGCGUUCCAACCACCGGAGAUAGCCAAUGGUCACGAAGUGUUCUCUGGCUUCAAGGUGGAUAUAUGGAGCACAGGAGUCACGCUUUACAACAUUACCACGGGUUUGUACCCAUACGAAGGUGAUAACAUAUACAAGCUGUUGGAAAACAUCAGCCGAUGCGAUUGGGUUGCACCCGAUUGGUUGGAGAGCCGUCUGGCGGACUUGGUGACCAACAUUCUACAGGAGGACCCUGCCAAUCGGUUUAGUUUGCAGCAAAUUCGUCAUCAUGAAUGGUUCAAAUUUGCACCGGAAGCGACGAGCCCUCGCGUGCCGGUGCCCCCGCUAAAAGGGGACUCUAUACGUCGUUCCACUGUGUUGCCUUAUCUGGAAGCCCACCACUACGAGGCGGAUCGGGACCUUGCCGGGAUGUACUACACCGAGCACGAUAUUAACGAAGAGGUAGCCCGUCAGCAGCAGCAGAGUGCCUCGCUGGAUCCACGCUAUCUACAGGGCAGCGCCUUCGAUUCGCUGUCCCUAAACUCCGACGAAUUCCAGCCAGCGCACUCGCACCAUCAGUAUCCUCACGCUUCGCAUCACCACCACCAUCAUCAUCACCGACAUCAUUCGAAUCAGGCGGCGCCCUAUCACAACAAUGGUAACAGCCACGGUGUGCCCACUUCCGGGGGUACAUUUUCCGGGCAGGGCUCCGGCGAUGCCGAGAGUGGCCUGCGGGAGAGUCACCGGAAGAUGCGCAGCUUCUCGCUGUCGCCGAAGGUUAGUUCACGGCACUCAACCAAUGCCGCUGCUGCGGCUGGGAAUGUUUGCAGUGCAUCAAAUAGUUCAAAGCGAUCACGCUCGCGGAAGCCCGUUUCCUGUAUCUCGUGGCGGAAGUGGACCCACUGUCGACAAUCGUGAAAUAGUGACGACGAGGAUGAGGAAGGGGGAAGUACGGAUGAUGGGGAUUAGGUAGGAGGUGAAGUUAUGAUGCCAUUUUGUCAACUAUUUUGCUAAUCUACAAUGUAGCACCGAAGUAAGGCCAUCUUGUCGAAAUUUGAUGGCGCAUUGGUUAUUUGGGAAGAGCUGUUACAGCUGUUUUAGGUAGUUCUACUUUUGUUCUAGCGAUGGUGCAAAAAAAUUGAAUAAUCCAUGCAAGUAAUCUUCGUUCCUCGUUUGUGAGAUUUUUAUGUGAACGUGGAUGAGUAUGAAUACGAAAGAAUCAUCAAGUUCAAUUGGAAACGAAAUAUCUGUAGGUGUGAUUUGGUGUGCAUUGUGUGAGAAAAGCAUGAUUGUGCAAUUUUAGAAAUUGUCUGAGUGUCAUUUUUAUUUUAUAGGUAAAUUGGAUUGAUGAACAAAAUUUCAUUCGUAUGAAAUAUAUUCCUUUUCAUUCAGACUA